UGCUGUGAUAAUUUUUCGAUGUAUUCAUAUUUUUAUUUUCCAUUACUCGAUACAAAAUUACUCGAUUAAAAAUGCAGGUAUUCGAUUAUUUUAAUUAAUCGCACUAUUAACUGACGUCUCUAAUCAUUUCCUCUUUCGUAUUUGGACUGCGGACAAAUCUAUUUUUGUCCGGUCAAAUGGGUCCCCCUUUUUGGAUUCAUUGCAAUCUGUGUUACUAUCUGUUCGCCAGGAAAGAUCGUAAGUUUUAUCAAAUGAAUUGCCUCCAUGUUUUAUGCAAGAAUUGUAUGGCUCAUACGCAUCGUGGAACAUUUUGUCCAGUGUGCAAAAGACAGGGAGUAAAGUUCCUUGAAAUUUCCAAUACGAUGGACAAGAAAGUGAAAGCACUUUAUGACCCGGAUGUUUCCAAAAUCCUUGACCAGGCAAUAAAAGCUACAAAUUUCCAGCUAAAACAAAGACAGCACCUUAUUGAACAAAUACUCACCACUGAGGAAAAAUUGGAGAAAGCGGAAAAAAUGGAACAAAUCAUGAAGGCAAAAAUAUUCGAGGCCCAACAGCAAUACGACAAGGCUCGCAGCCAGCGUCGUAGUAUGCAGGAAGCUCUCCGGCAGCAACUGAAUUCAUCCCCGGAAGAUCUACAGAACUCCCAGAAACAACAAUCUAAGCGGUCAUCAUCAGACUUUUUCAACAGCAACUCCAACAGCUCCGACAGCGAUUGGGAUAGUGGUAUCAAAAAUACUACAGGCGAUUCCAAAGAUUCGUUUUUAAAUAUGAAGGGUGCGUCAACUUCGACAAAAUCCAUUUGCUCAAUGACCGACUUCGAUGCUAAUUCCAGCCAUUCUAGCGAAAUGUCUGAACAAUUCCAUAGGAUGAAUAUCGGUCACAUAUGAGUAUCCUGGUACUCAAUAUUUUAAACCGUUUUACGUU